AUUCCCGGCCUGGGCCGCGCGCGGGCGGCAUGAGCGCGCGCCCGGGCCUGUGACCGGCUCGGGGAUGGACUACGGCUCUGUCACCGGCGAGAGGCCGAAGCUCCUGCUAGGCCGUCGUCGGCUUCAGUUCUUUCUGCCCGCCGGCUGUUGCGGAAGCCCAGGCGCCCGCGGAGCGGCGGCCCGGCGUGGCCUCUCCCCGUUCCCCGGCGGGCUGGGGGCGCUGCGGCCCCGCGCCCGGGCGGCCCGCGGUGGCGCGUCACGUGCCUCCCCGCUGCUCCUCCUCCUCCUCGUGCCUCGCCCAAGGCCCGGGCCCGCCGUGACUCCGACCGGGCGCGGCAGCGCGUGGAGAUGUCCGCCGGUUUUGGCGGGCGCGGCCGGCGCCCUGCACUUGGGCCCGGGCCCGGCGGCCGUCCUCGCUUCGUCCAGGAGAGAGCUAAGCCUGUCUGCUGGGUGCCUGCAGCUGGAACACAAAAGUAAAGAUUUCACCUCUGCUGGGACUAAGAAGCUAUACUUUGAUACUCAUGCUCUAGUGUGCCUCCUGGAAGAAAAUGGAUUUACUACUCAACAAGCAGAAAUCAUUGUGUCUGCAUUGGUCAAGAUUAUGGAUGCCAACAUGGAUAUCAUCUAUAAAGAUAUGGUCACCAAAAUGCAGCAGGAAAUCACUCUUCAGCAAAUAAUGUCCAAGAUUGCCAAUGUGAAAAAGGAUAUGAUUAUUUUGGAAAAGAGUGAGUUUUCAGCCCUCAGAGCCGAAAAUGAGAAAAUAAAACUUGAGCUACACCAGCUAAAACAACAAGUAGUGGAUGAAGUGAUCAAAGUCCGUACAGAUACCAAGUUAGACUUCAACCUAGAAAAAAGCAGAGUGAAAGAAUUGUACUCACUGAACGAAAGGAAGCUACUGGAACUGAGAACGGAAAUAGUGGAAUUGCAUGCCCAGCAAGACCGCGCCUUGACGCAGACUGAUAGGAAGAUAGAAACUGAGGUUGCUGGCCUAAAAACCAUGCUCGAGGCGCACAAGCUUGAUACUAUCAAAUAUUUAGCAGGGUCUGUAUUUACGUGCCUAACAGUAGCGCUGGGAUUUUAUCGCCUGUGGAUAUAAUAAAGUGUCUAUUUAAAGAGA